AUGGAUGUGGCUGUGAACAACACACUCAACUUUGCGGAAAGUUUCUUCAUCUUUGAGCUCGGCUUUGUGCCAAUUGAAAUGGCGAUCAAUGGAUUUGCUUUCUUUAUCGUUGUCAAACAUACACCGGAAAAGAUGAAAGAAUAUAGAAAAUAUUUGAUAACUGUACAGAGUCUUAUUGUAAUCAGUUUGAUGGCCAAUAUUUGCGGUUUAAUGUCAACAUUGAUGUAUCGACGAAAUCAAAUGCUUCCACCUGGCAAUAAAAUGAAGCUUUCCGAGGGGCAAAUGCGUAUUGUGCACUUUGGUGGAAUCUUAGGAAAUAUCAUCAACUGUACUUUCUUCGUGAUCGCCAGUCAGGAUAACGCGGGACCACUAGGAGCAACGUUUUUUCUUUUCAUGUUACCGAUGGGAUUUAGUUUCAUUGCGAUUUUUAUUCACAUAGAUGUUAACAUUCUCGAACAACUUCUCUCGUAUCUACCAUGUUUUCACUCAACCGCUUACACAUUGAUCUUAUUAAUCUACACACCGGUUUACUUUGACGCAACAUUGUGUUAUCUUCGGAUUAAGAAAAGAUUCCCGAAUGCGAAGACCGACUUUGAU